GAGAGAGCGAGAGACACUGUGAGAGACUUGCUUCUCAUCAGCAGACGACAGCAGCUGAACGAACAGAAACAAAACAAUCAGACAGAGAGACAGACAGGAAACAGUGAGUCAGUGUAAUAUUCACAUCCGAUCCGCUCUGAAGCGUGUCCUCCAUCCUUUCUUUUCCCGUGAGGAAGAGAAGAACGGAGGAGGAGGAAGACCCCCUCACCUCCAGCACGCAGACGCAUAACGCUCCGGAAGAGAGACCGACAGAUAGACUGAAAGACAGAACGAGGGUUUUAUUCGUUGUGCUUCUGCUCCGUUUUUUCGGGAGCGAGUGGCGUGCUCAUGUCCGUCAACUCAGAAAAAUCCUCUUCCCCAGAAAGGCCCGACACACAGAAGGUUCCGUCAGCCCCGCCUCCUGCCCCGCCUCCACCGCCUCCUCCCGAACCAGCCGCCCCACCAGAGGAAGAGAUCCUGGGCUCGGAUGAUGAAGAGCAGGAAGAUCCGGCAGACUACUGCAAAGGUGGCUAUCAUCCAGUGAAGAUUGGCGACCUGUUUAAUGGCAGAUAUCAUGUGAUUCGUAAACUGGGCUGGGGUCAUUUCUCCACUGUGUGGCUGUGUUGGGAUAUUCAAGGGAAGCGUUUUGUUGCGAUGAAGGUGGUUAAGAGUGCGCAGCACUACACAGAGACGGCGCUGGAUGAAAUUAAACUCCUCAGAUGUGUGCGUGAGACAGAUCCUGAUGACCCCAAUAAAGAUAUGGUCGUUCAGCUCAUAGAUGACUUCAAGAUCUCUGGAGUCAAUGGAAUUCAUGUGUGUAUGGUGUUUGAAGUUCUCGGUCAUCAUUUGCUCAAGUGGAUCAUCAAGUCUAAUUAUCAGGGUUUGCCGUUACCCUGUGUGAAAAGCAUCAUUAAACAGGUCCUACAGGGGUUGGAUUAUCUGCACAGUAAGUGUAAGAUCAUCCACACAGAUAUCAAACCCGAGAACAUUCUCAUGUGUGUGGACGACGCGUUUGUACGCAGGAUGGCCGUCGAGGCCACAGAGUGGCAGAAAUCUGGAGCUCCUCCACCGUCUGGAUCUGCAGUCAGCACGGCUCCUCAACUCUUACAGGUGGGUAAAAUCUCGAAGAACAAGAAAAAGAAGUUGAAGAAGAAGCAGAAGCGGCAGGCGGAGCUCCUGGAGAGACGGAUGCUGGAGAUAGAAGCUCUGGAGAAAGAGGCGGAGCAACAGAGAACAACAAAUCCCGCCCACAGCCCCACCCACAGUCCCACCCUCGUGCUGGGAGACAGUGAGGAUGAUGAUGAUGAGGAUGUUGAUGAGGAAGAAGAGACUGAAGAAGAGAAAGCACGACCCAUCAGACUCACUAACCACACAUGUGCAGAGGCUGAUCAGGAGGAAGUAGAUGAGAACGAGGAAGACUGUGAUGUCACUUCCACCACAGACUGUCCAGCUGAAGAGUUCACAACACAGACAAAUACACACACUGACACUCCUGAGGAAGAGACGGACAACACCAGAGAAACCGAUAAGCAGGAAGAAAAUGAGAAAAAGAGAGAGGAAGAGGAACAGGAAGAGAAAGUUAAAGUGAAUGAACAGGAAACUGAAGUCACAUCGUCACAGAGUGCAGAUGACUCGCAUGAGGCAAAACCACAAGAGUGUCCAAGAGAGAAAACGGAUGCAGCGAAAGAGAUGUCAGACAGGAAAGAGGAAGAGGAGGAUGAGGAAGAGGAGGACGAGGAAGAGGAGGAUGAGGAAGAUGACAAAGGUCACAAUCAUAAUGACUCGUCUAAAACAAACGGUCAUGUUAUUAUGGGUGCACAGGAAGUAGAGCGCCAGUCAACCCCACCACAGCCUGUACCAUCGUCAUCAGCGCUCCUGUGCACGCUGGUGGAAUCAGAGAUCAGCACGACUGACCGCAAUGUUUCUGACACAUCGUACGAACUUUAUAAUGGAGAAAUGGCCAGACUCAUGAACGGAGUGCAACACUGUGGCACAACGCCACGCUACCCAGAGUUACCACUCGAUUCCGAACCAACCGACUGCGUGCAAGAUGAAGCUCAAGCUCUCAACACAAACGCUGACCGCAGCCGAACCGUAUCAUCAUCAAGCACCGGAGAUGCACCGAAAGUGCGGGUCCGAGCAGCUGAUCUGUUAUUAAGUCCGUUGGAUCCUGGGAACGCUGAAGUCCUGAGAGUGAAAAUAGCCGAUCUGGGCAAUGCAUGCUGGGUGCACAAGCACUUCACUGAAGACAUCCAGACCCGUCAGUACCGCUCCGUCGAGGUUCUGAUUGGAGCCGGAUACAGUACGCCUGCUGAUAUAUGGAGCACCGCCUGCAUGGCGUUUGAGUUGGCGACGGGUGAUUAUCUGUUUGAACCUCAUUCUGGUGAAGACUACUCGCGUGAUGAAGAUCAUAUAGCUCACAUCAUAGAACUUCUUGGCUGUAUUCCUCGACACUUUGCUCUUUCUGGAAAAUAUUCCCGGGAAUUCUUCAAUCGGAGAGAUCACAUCGCUCUGAUUAUGGAGUUACUGGGAAAAAUCCCUCGCAAGAUCAUCACAACAGGAAAAUACAGUCGUGAGUUCUUCUCUAAGACAGGUGAGCUGCGGCACAUCACUAAAUUAAAGCCCUGGUCGCUGUUUGACGUUCUGGUGGACAAAUAUGGCUGGGUGGCCGAAGACGCUGGUCAUUUCACUCACUUCCUGUUGCCCAUGUUGGAGAUGGUUCCUGAAAAACGUGCCUCUGCUUCAGAAUGCCUCAAUCACCCCUGGCUUAACUCAUAGCACUUUUCACACUCUGACUCAUCGACGCCCCCGAGAACGCAUCCUGAACUGCAGGGGGGCGGGGUCAGAGGGUCGCUGGGGGGCUGUGAAUCACGAGUGUCAACACACACACACACACACACACAAUUUUAAUAUCUCAUCUGAGAUGAAGCUUCAGUCAUCGAUGGUCUUCCUCACAUGAACAGACUGAAUUCAUUGAGGUCAUGUCACAUCAGAGGAGGAAGUGAGGCAAAGUCUUUAAUUUGGAGGUUCACAUGGGUUUUUUAGUAACUUAUAGUAAUAAAUUUAUUUCACAGAUAUAAAUUAUCCAAAGUGACUUCGAUAUAUUAUGUGUUUACUGGCAAUCCAACCCAUUACCGUGGCGUGGCUAGCGCCAUGCAGGAACACGUGAGGGUUUCUUCCGUCAUGGCGGCAUGUGUUCGUGACUUGAGUAAAACCCUUGAAAAGAUGCUGGCAAACAUUUACAGAUAAUAAUGUGAUUUUCUGCGAACAGUCAAACUAUAAUAUUCUGAUACCUCUAGAAACUGUGUGUCAGUGACUGAACAUUAGAGAUACUGACACAAGUGUGUGUGUGUGUGUGUGUGUGUGUGUGUGUGUGGUGUGUGUGUGUGUGUUACAUGAACCGAUGCUUCUCAUCCAAUCGCUGACAUUCAUAAGUCCACCCGAGUCCCUCUGUAUGCAGCCCCGCCCCUUUCCCCCGUCCUCCAAUCAGCAAAGAAGGAACCGUGGAAGACUCUCAGUAGAGCGGUUUACACACACACACACACACACACACACACACACACACCUGUGACACACUGCCUCUGGAAUAAUCUACAGCAAAACAUGAAUCCAAAAGAUUCAACUGAUGGUUUGAUUACAGACAGAUUGACAGGUGUCACUCAAACGCUUCUCAAUUCACUCCAGUGAGAAUUCUUCAGCUCUUGAUUUUAGCUUUGAAGUUCCCAUUUGCCCGAUUCAAACUAUAAACUUCAACAUUCCUGAUUCUGCCACGGUGCAUCAGACACCUGCGACGAGCACGCUUGGGAUUAUCUGCAUUUUCUGGCAGGACGGCUUCUGCUCGCGGGCGUCUCGUUAAAAGACUUGCAUUUGUGUUUGAACUUUUUGUUAAGGGAAAAAUGAGCAAUGUACUGCAAACUGCAAAAACUGCUGAGCACAAGUUUAAACGCAUCGCUAUAAAGAGACGAGCGGCGGUGACGGUUGCAUGUGUGUGGCAGGUGAAAUGCGAGAUGUACAGACUGACUCCCCCUGUGGCUGUGGCGGGAACUGCGACAUCACACUGCUCAAAUGACAUCAUCAUCUUCACAGUUUGUCCAGUUGCCUAUUUUCGCAAUAAAAGUAGAUGGUGAAAUAUUUUUAAAAACGAUAUUUAAAUCCAUUUAAAAAGAAAACUAGAAAUUCUCUGAUGUUGUGACCGUGAUGAAUUUUAGUCGUAAUAAGGUGAUUGUCUUUUGGAAAGAUUUAAUUUCUUUAAUUCUAUAUUUAUUUUGGUUGUCACUUUUCCCCUUAUGACAUUAACUCGUGCUGCUCUGUUGGAAUCAUGUGAUGAAUUGGAUCAAACAUUUGGCAAUAAUAGUGAUUAUUAAGUUUUGCACCGAAGAGUCCCGCGGUCUCUCACACGGACUGUUCUUCCGCACGUCCACAGAAUCACGUCUCGUGUUUUUCAUCAACAGAUUUAAUAAAAUUGUUGAGUCAAUGUGAUCCAUUAAUUUACAUUCACAAUAUUUGUAUUCUGUGUUCUCAUAUUUUUGUUGAGCAUUAUUUUCAUUUAAGAGCAGCAGUCUUGAAGUUUUCAGGUACAUUAGAAAUGGGGUUUCUCAUGUUUUGUGCAGGUUUGGCUGUUUCAGCUACACCCUUUACACACCGUGAGGUCCAUUUACACAUGAUUUACUGAGUCAAGACAUUUUUAUUUGUAUUGUGUUUCUCACAAUAUUUUUCAGAGCAGAUUUACAGAAACUUGUACAGUAGUCUCAAAUAUCUAGAAGCCCCAGUGAACAGAUUUAUAGAAAUACAAAUGCAUUCAUGUCUUCAUCCUCCCGAGACCCGAGCGUGACUGCUGUGUGCAUUCUCCAUUUCCUUUAUGAUUUGUGACCAGUAGCACCUCAUAAACAAGCAAAACAAGAGCAAAUAGUUUCCCAAAAAUGCAUUUCCUCAUAUGUGGACAGCGGUACUAAGUUGUGUCAAUUUAAAUAAUAUCAAGUUAUAGAAACUCAGAUUUAUUUCAUCAAAUAGUUUAUUAUGUGUCCAGAAGUGAUUAUUCAUGUUUUUGAGACGUUACGUCAUAAAUUAUCAUAAUUCAGAUUGCAAGUAAUGUCCAGCAUCGUCCAAUCACUGUCAAUCAUGUUCAAAUAAAAUGAUCCAUUAUAAAUGUUGAAUCUAUGUACAUAUUACAAAUGUCAAGUCAUUUUUAUUUGUAUAGUGCAACAAACAUCAUUUCAAAGCAGCUUUACAGAAGAUAAAAC